CUUCAGUUUGCUAAGCAGCAGCUUCUCCUGGCAUGAGCCACUGCAGAUCUCCUCAUCAGACGGGCUGAGACCAUCCUGUGUGCCCUGCACCUGGAGUAAAGAGAAUACAGCAAGAGUUUAGAGGAAGAUUGAUGAGGCAUGGACCCUUGCUUCGGGUUUGGAGGAAAGUAGACUAAAUACAGAGAUGCCAGACAGCCACUGAGACCCAUGGACAGUCCUGCACUCACGCUGAUCUGUCGAACUUUAAAAUUUCCAAGUAAUAUGCAACCUUUGCCAAACGAAAAGAAACUGAUGCCCAGAAGGCAUACUCUUCAAUAUUGGGAAUAGACGUGCUCUGAAGACAAUGGCUUCGAAGGUCUCCUGUUUAUACGUUUUGACCGUGGUGUGCUGGGCCAGCGCUCUCUGGUACUUGAGUGUAACUCGUCCUACUUCCUCCUACACUGGCUCCAAGCCAUUCAGCCAUCUGACGGUUGCAAGGAAAAACUUCACCUUUGGCAACAUAAGAACUCGACCUAUAAACCCCCAUUCUUUUGAAUUUCUGAUAAAUGAGCCCAACAAAUGUGAGAAAAACAUCCCUUUCCUCGUCAUCCUCAUCAGCACCACGCAUAAAGAGUUCGAUGCCCGCCAGGCGAUCCGAGAGACCUGGGGGGACGAGAACAACUUCAAAGGGAUCAAGAUAGCCACCCUGUUCCUCCUGGGCAAGAACGCCGAUCCUGUUCUCAACCAGAUGGUGGAGCAAGAGAGCCAAAUCUUUCACGACAUCAUCGUGGAGGACUUCAUUGAUUCCUACCAUAACCUUACCCUCAAAACCCUGAUGGGGAUGAGAUGGGUGGCCACUUUUUUCAAAGCCAAGUAUGUCAUGAAAACAGACAGUGACAUUUUUGUCAACAUGGACAACCUUAUUUACAAACUAUUAAAACCCACCACCAAGCCACGAAGAAGGUAUUUUACUGGCUAUGUCAUCAAUGGAGGGCCCAUCCGAGAUGUCCGCAGUAAGUGGUAUAUGCCCAGGGAUUUGUACCCUGACAGCAACUACCCGCCCUUCUGCUCGGGGACCGGCUAUAUCUUUUCAGCUGAUGUGGCUGAGCUCAUUUACAAGACCUCACUCCACACCAGGCUGCUUCACCUGGAGGAUGUGUAUGUGGGACUGUGUCUUCGAAAGCUGGGCAUCCAUCCUUUCCAGAACAGUGGCUUCAAUCACUGGAAAAUGGCCUAUAGUUUGUGUAGGUACCGCCGAGUGAUCACCGUGCAUCAGAUCUCUCCAGAGGAAAUGCACAGGAUCUGGAAUGACAUGUCAAGCAAGAAACAUCUCAGAUGUUAGGAUUUUUACCGAUGUAAAUAUGUGUUUCUUUUCUUUUUUAAGAGAUGAGGCUUAGGGUGUAGGUGUUUUACAGGUGCCACCAAGGGAAAUGAACUGGUGAAGGGGUUUAUAAAAAGUAUUUUUCUUCCCAAUCCUAGUUCCUUUUUUGAAUCGCCAAUUUCCACAUGUUAAGCUCUGCUCAUAGAAAUAAUACAUGGGUUUACAAGGCCAGAUUUCAUUCUCAGGUCCUAAGGUACUGCAUUUAUCUCAAAAAGCAACUUCCUAACAAAGGCUAGGAUUUACAUACUGUGCAUCUGAGAUAAAAAAAAAAAAUCUGGUUCUGGGAAACUAGAACUCAUUGUAAUGUCUUCAUAUUCUCUCUGCAAAAGUAAAUAACACUUUAUCAAAAACAACUCAGAAGCAGCGCAGUCAGGGAGACACGCUGGAUGUGAUGAUUCAUACUGCGUGUGAUGUUACAUUGAACUUUCACAUAAAUUGCCAUGGAAUGUGUACAGUAUUUCCAGUUCCACCAAGAAAUGAACUUAGUACUGGAAGGGAGGCUGCAGUUAAGUAAAUGGAAAUUUAUACUUGAGGAUCAAAUAUUCUCUCUGUUUGGAAGAUAGCUCUGCUUGCUCAUCCAAGGAUUAAACCUGGUCAGCAGGUGGAAUGUAUAUAAAAUACUACUUAAAAAAUAAACAGGAGAUUUUUUUUUUUUUUCUCUUUGAGAACAAACAUUACCUGGUGCCCCCAAGGAGACUUUGCCAAAUGUAAUUUCACCUGCUUCCUUCCAUACGGUGUCACUAAAUACCUUUUACAGUUUCUGGUUCAGACAGGCACAUGUGUAGAAAUAAGUUAGUAGGAGGCCAGAAGGAUGAUAAAUGACACGGAGAAAACAAUACAAAUUUACAUGUGCAUUGUAAUUAGCAUGAGCUCAGCACUGGUGUCAAAUGCCCCUUCCAUACAUUUGCAAAGCUCAUGAAAAAAAUAUUUGAGGAGGGAGGAUUGUUACUGAAGGAUUUAGGUCUACUGUUGAUAGAUGCAAUCUCUUCAGCAUCCGAUCCGUUCAGGUAUUUCUAACAGCAGUGCUGUUCAGGGGUAUUCUGGAAGCUCUGUGAUUGAGGAUUAUGGGAAGGAAGGGUGGGGAUAGUUGAGUCCAGGUUCUAUGGCUUCCAUCAUCUGAAUCAUGUAAGCCUGCAUCCUCACUUUGCUGUGCUUCGACAUGCUCAUUUAUAAAACAUCUGGAAAAAACACCUACCUUACAGGUGCUGUGAGAGCAAAUUGCAUUUGCUGAAUAUUUUGGGAUCCUUAGUUUUAAAGGUGCUACUUAAAGCAGUGUAUCAUGCAUUAUGCUAAAUGUUAAAAUAACUACAUAAUUGCCAUGAUGGUCAUCAGUAGUGGUGACAUCAUUGUGGUAUGAUAUCUGCCAAAAUAUAGAUCAAAUAUAACUCUUAGUGCACCUGAUUCUUCUAGGACUGACUUUUCCUUGAAUAUGUUAGGUGUUUGUGAAGGCUUCGGUUUCUCUGUCAUUUCUUCUGGUUUCAAUGAAUAAGUUAUUACUUCAGUGCGUUGCCUUGAUAUCCCAGGGUGCUGACAGGAAAGGCAGCUGCCUUUCUUUAGGGAGGAGCCUCUGGCUGGGGGUACAUUAUAGUCACUGAAGCACAUGCUUUGCAUAAUGUAUCACAUCCACUUAGGUCUCAGGAAACAUUUGGUCUGAAUUCUCAGUAAGAACUUUGAAGCCUGGCAGAGGUAGUCCACCUCUGGCAGAAGAAUAGACACUCAGCAAACCCACACAUUGCACAUUUCCAGAACUCAUUAGAAAACUUCUGUUUGCGUCCAUUCAAAGAAAGCUCCACAACUGAAAGAGUAUACCUUUUUUUUAAACCUGCCCUUUGCAAGCUAGGAGUUGAUAACAAAUAAGCAGAUGAAAUGUAUAAAUGGAAAUCAUGGCUUAUUUCUUGAAAACACUGAAUCUCUCAUCUCCAGCCCAACAAAACCUAAUAGGAGACAGACCUUCCUGUCUCUUAAUACAUCUUCAUCUCAAGUCAGCAGGACCACUGAGUUUGAUUAGAAAAUAACAUUAGGCAGCCUGGAGAAAGAUGGAUCAGCACAAGGCGAGCCACCCUCAAACCCCCAACUCGCAACUGCUGUGAGUUCCAAUCACUGGAAAAGUCUCACAACAUUGAACUUAGUUUGCCUGUCCAUCAUGUAGUCAAAUCAAGGCCCAGUCUUAUACCAACGUCUUGUAUUUACCUUAUGCUCAGUCGAGCCACCCUCAGUGUUAAGGAACUGCACAUUAUAAACAUCAUAUGUAUACAUCUGUGGAUCACUUUAUAAGUGUGUGUGAGUACAUUAUGAAUAGAGCGCUAGUCUUAAAAAGGAGCAAAAAUCGAGAAUCAUGUCUUAAAGAACUAUUUCCUAACUUUUCUAUGCUAAGUAGUACUCAUGUGACAAACAUGUAAAUAUUCAUCAAAAACCAUAUGUAUAUAUUUUUAAAGGCAUUUUUUUCCUUCUUCCCAGCUGUAUGUAUUGCUAGAAUCUGCUUGCUAUGUACAUUUCCUUCUGCAUGGAACUUGGUGAGGCAAAGUCAUUUGUCCAGUUUCAAUAGCCUAAAGCAUGGUUGCCUUUUGUUUUUUGAAUGUUCCAAAAAUGUUUCAAUCAAGUGAUCAGGAAAAAGGUCUAAUUUUCUACUUUUGCUAAUUUUAUGACACUGGCCAAAUUAGGAUUAGUUAACAAAGCAGUGAUUUGUUAAGCCAUUUUUAAACUUAUUGUUCUUUCUUUGACAUAAAAUAGUGUUUCAGAUAGCAUUUUACCAGAAAUCAAUUCAGACAAUUUUAGGAAAAGCUUCUGACUGUCCCCCGACUUGUUUUGUUCAUUAUGCAUCAGAUAACAAAAGAUAUCAAUACUUUAUAUCUAUACUCUUAAAUUUUCAUUUAAAAUUUUAUUUUUGGGAAAAAAAAUCUGUCUUUGGUGGCUAGUUUGUGUGGCUUUCUGUCUUAUAUUGGAGCAAAUGUCAGUUUCAAUAUAUAUUGUUGUAAUUUUAAAAACCAAAAUCAAAAAAUGAAGAUCAUUUUCAAUUUGAAAUAAAUUCAGAACAAAACCCCUUUGUGUGACAUGACAUGGGGAAAAGAAACUCUUUACAGAGAAGCUAAGGAAGGAGUUUUUCAAUCAAAUCUCUUCUAUUAAAAGACUGAAAUAUUUCCAUAAAACAUCUGGGAUUCAUUUUCUACCUUUCCUAAUAUGUGGGUUUAGGGGGGAAUUGAUUAUGUCAUUUCUUCUGUAAAGGUGAAGAUAGUUUUUAUAAGCAACAAAGUAACUUGUGAAUGAAAGAAGUAAUUUACUAGAAACGCUUGUUGAUAAUAAUUGACAUUUAGGUAUGUCAUUAUAUAUGAAUGAUUGUAUUUAUGUAUUUAUUUGUCAAAAUUGUACAUACUGUUUCACCAAAUGUAAUUGUCUGUAAAAGUGCACUCUCCACUUUUGUAGUACAACUUAGGGUUACAUGGGUUGCCAAUCAAGCUGCUAAUCAGAACACUAUUUUUUGUAUCAGUGUUAUAAAACUGAAAAAUAGAUGCUGAAAAUGUCUUUACAUUCAGUUUCUUCCCCUUCCUUAUGAAAUGUAAACUGUUGAUUGAAAGCACGAUGAUAAUGUAUAAGCCCAUCUGUCAUGAGGAAGAUUAUGGUUCCAUAAAGCUGAUUUUUUAAACCAUUGGGACAAAUAAACAGAAGCAGAACAUA